AUGGCUGCGACUAUGCAGGCGACAGCCGAAGCCCUGGAAAAUCAAAUAAAUAAUGGAAAUAAUGGCAACAACAGUGAUGAGGGUCCUAUGACACUUUCCUCCUUUCUGAAGGUUCAUCCUCCAACCUUCAAAGGAACCUUGAACCCUACUGAUGCAGAUAAUUGGAAUCAAGUCAUAGUGCGAGCGUUACAGGCUCAGCAGCCCGGACACUUGGCCACUAACUUCCCAGAGAAGAAGAGGUGUGAGGCUGGCAGAGUGCAGCAGCCAGGGAGAGUAUACACUACUUCUGCAGUAGGUGCUGAGGGGUCAGAGACACUAAUUAGAGGUAACUGUGAGAUGGCCGAUAAAACUUUGAAUGCCUUAUUUGAUUCUGGAGCUACACAUUCAUUUAUUGCAUUUGAGAAGGCUGGUGAUAUAGGAUUGAAAAUAGUAAUCCUGGGGUAUGAUUUAAAGGUGUAUAAUGCUACUCAUGAGGCUAUGGUGACUAGGUUAGGGUGCCCACAAGUUCCAUUUCGAAUACAACAGCCUGACUUCGUGCAUGACUUAAUUUGUCUACCAAUGACUGGUCUUGAUCUCCUUCUGGGGUUGGACUGGUUAUCCAAGAACCAUGUUCUACUCGACUUUUCUGCAAAAUCAAUGUGCGUUAUGCCAGAAGACACAAAAGGACCGGUUGUGGCAAAUAGCUACUACCUGAAUUCCAUGAUGGUGAAUUGUUAUGGAGCCGAAUGUCAGGGUAUUUUGUUGUUAACUGUGGGUGUUUCGGGGGAUGAUCAAAGCUUGGAGCAAAUUUCAGUUGUGUGUGAGUUUUCGGAGGCAUUUCCCGAUGAUAUUUGA